UUAGUUCUGAUUUAGACUGAGAAUAAACGACAGUGAAGGGAUAAAUCCACAGCGCACCUCAACAAUCAGACCUGGCUGUCGCCAUUUACAUGUAUCUUCUUGGGGGAUGUUGAUAUAUAUUUAAUCAGUUGUCGCAUAUUUAAGUAUUUUGGGAGGAAUACGAGUCGCUCUGUGAAGAAGAAAGCGAAUAUCCGGGAGUGUAGCUGCUUCUGUGGCUAUCCGACAAACCCCGUCCGAUCUGUCAGCCAGAAAAUUUCGUUUUCGGUGGUCUUGUUUUGGUAAAGCCGUUAAAUUUUCAAACAUUUAAUACUUUUUCUGUUAUAUGUCAUCUUAGAAUAGCUGUUUGCCGUUCGUUAACCGAUCAGUUGUUAUAGAUAAGGCCGCAGAGCUACACUGCUAGCCGUGCUAGCCCGUGAAAUAGUUAAAGGAGUUUGAACAGAUUUUCGUAUUUUAUUUCGUAAUAAUUGGUAUUUUUGUUGACUGCCAACUUCACUAGGAACGCAAACAAGGACCUACAACACUUGAGAAUUUCGUGGUUUUCAUUUUUCUUAUCUCUGGUGAUUUAUUGAGCUAGUGACGGUUAGCUGCUUCCGGCGAGCUGGAUACGCCACUCAUCUCAAGACAAAGUAAACUCUCUGCCUCCUGCCCUUGAGGUUGAGCCUGGCUUCAUAUUUGUGACAGUUGAUUGUCAGGGCUGUCAGUUGUCACUUAGUGAUGUCGGAAGAAGGAAAACAGACUUCUGCCCCCGUAUCCACGAUGGACGCAAAGUCUGAAUCCACAGCCUCGCCACCUCCAGCUCAGGCAGUGUCCUCUGUGUCUCCCCCUGUGUCCACUGUAACACAGUCUGCUCCACCUGCAACAGAGGAUGAGGAGGAGGAGAGCGAAGAUGAAUCAGAGAUUCUGGAGGAAAGCCCCUGUGGACGCUGGCAGAAGCGGAGAGAGGAGGUAAACCAGCGUAACGUACCAGGUAUUGACAAUGCUUACCUUGCCAUGGACACAGAGGAGGGUGUGGAAGUGGUGUGGAAUGAGGUCAUGUUUUCUGAGCGGAAGAACUUCAAACUACAGGAGGAAAAAGUGAAAGCAGUGUUUGAUAACCUAAUCCAGCUGGAACAUUUAAAUAUAGUAAAGUUUCACAAGUACUGGGCAGAUGUGAAGGAGAACAGAGCCAGGGUUAUUUUUAUAACGGAGUACAUGUCAUCUGGAAGUCUUAAGCAGUUUCUAAAAAAGACUAAGAAAAAUCACAAGACCAUGAAUGAAAAGGCAUGGAAACGUUGGUGCACUCAGAUAUUAUCUGCCUUAAGCUAUCUGCAUUCAUGUGAACCUGCGAUUAUCCACGGUAACUUGACCUGUGACACCAUCUUCAUUCAGCACAAUGGACUCAUCAAAAUCGGAUCAGUGGCUCCAGACACCAUAAAUAACCACGUCAAAACAUGUCGUGAGGAACAGAAGAGUUUGCACUUCUUUGCUCCCGAGUAUGGAGCUGUUGCCAGUGUCACUACAGCUGUGGACAUCUAUUCCUUUGGAAUGUGCGCCUUAGAGAUGGCUGUACUGGAGAUUCAAAGUAAUGGAGAGUCAUCAUACGUGUCACAAGAAGCCAUCAAUAGUGCCAUCCAUUCUCUGGAGGACCCACUGCAGAGAGAGUUUAUUCAAAAGUGUCUUGAGGUGGACCCCAGUAAGAGGCCCACAGCCCGAGAGCUGCUUUUCCAUCAAGCUCUGUUUGAAGUGCCUCAAUUGAAACUAUUGGCUGCACACUGUAUUGUCGGUCACCAGCACAUGAUCCCUGAAAAUGCUUUAGAGGAAAUAACCAAGAAUAUGGACCCUAACCAAGUGAUCAUGGAAAGAAAAGAGGUCCAGCUGAAGCUCUCCCAGUUUCCUGCCUUGGAGCUUGACAAGUUCCUUGAAGAUGUGAGGAAUGGGAUCUAUCCGCUGACUGCCUUUGGCAUGCCCUGCCCACAGCAGCCUCAGCAAGAGGCUGUCAAAUCCCCCAUCGUACCACCAUCCGUCAAAACACCCACGCCUGAGCCUGCAGAACUGGAGACGAGGAAGGUCGUACAAAUGCAAUGCAACAUCGAGCCUGUGGACGAGGGAGCAAAGCAUCACUUGACGUUACUGCUAAAACUGGAGGAUAAGCUGAACCGACACUUGAGUUGUGAUUUGGCACCAAAUGAGAAUGUACAGGAGUUGGCUGUGGAGCUGGUCCAGCUUGGCUUCAUUAGUGAGGGGGAUCAAACGCGCCUCACCACCGUGCUAGAGGAGGCCUUCUCAAAAUUCUACAGCCGUAACGGCUCCCUAAAUCCUGUCACCGUUUCCUCGUAGCAGUGGGUCGAAUCUGCCAGCUUCUCUCCAGCAUCCAUUAUCUUCAUGCACGGGACGCAGCGCUUCAUCGCUCGGAGGAUUGCGCGCGAGCUCUGGGGAGGGUUCGAAACGCCUCGAACUGAGCCUGAUAAACAAAACAACCCCUGCACACUGUUUUUCACACCACUUUACGUGGCAGAAAGUGUUGGCUGAU